UGUUCUCUGCCUUGACUUUGUUUACAUUUUACCAGUUUAUUAACAUUUAAACAACGUAAAACCAUAAAAAUGGCCUCAGCUUCCAGUUCAAGUGCUCGGCAUUUAUUUGACGAAUCAAAGAAGCGUUUGUGUGCACGCGUGGGUGUUAAUGUAAAUAAUUUGGGAUCUGUGGCCCGACAAGUUGUCAGGGGUUCAAAAAGCAACGAGAUAAUGCAUCAAACCCUGAAGAACUUCACCCAAGUGGACGUAGUUUCGGAUUACAGCCACCAGAAUCUGCAAAAGAUGACGCUCAUAUUGCAGCACGUUGGCUACCAAUACGACGUGAUGCAGGAUAGCGUCAACCACUUGGAUUACCUCAAGGAGCAGGUCACGGCCAUGGAAAGAUGAUUGGAAGAGCA